AUGCUGGCAUGUGGAAAUGGUCACAUUGAAAUAGUUGAACUGUUGCUAAAGGAAGACAUUAAUCGUAAUGCUAAAGAGAAAAAUGGUCAAAAUGCUUUCAUGCUGGCAUGUGGAGAAGGUCACACUCAAAUAAUUAAACUGUUGCUGAAGGAAAAUCUUGAUCCUAACGUUAAAGAGAAAGAUGUGGAACUCUUGCUUAAUGAACAAAUUGAUCCUAAUGUUCAAAAAAGUGACGGAUUCAAUGGUUUUAUGCUGGCUUGUCAAAAUGGUCAUGCUCAAAUAGUCGAACUAUUGCUUAAUAAAAAGGUAGAUCCUAAUGUUAAAGACAAAGAUAGUUUGAAUGCUUUUAUGCUGGGAUGUGAAAAUGGUCAUAUACAAAUAGUGGAACUGUUGCUUAAACAAAUUGAUCCUAAUGUUCAAAGGAGCGAUGGAUUGAAUGGUUUUAUGCUGGCUUGUCAAAAUGGUCAUGCUCAAAUAGUUGAGCUGUUGCUACAGGAACAAGUAAAUCUCAAUCAUAAUAUUCAAGACAAGAAAGGAUAUACACCUCUGAUGAUCGCUAGUGUUAAUGGUCAUAAGGAUAUAGUUGAAUUAUUAUUAGACUGGUUAGCUGAUCCAGAAGUUAAAGCAAGAGAUGGUAGUACUGCCCUAACAUUAGCUAAAACUGAAGACAUAGCUGAUAUACUUCAUUCUUUAGACAAGUAUUCAAGUAAAAAAUCACUCAAUGGUAGUUCAGCAAGAUCCUCAGAUGGUCAUUCAUCAUUCAGUCGCUGA